UCACAUCACAGUCUGUGUAUAUGAGUAGAAUAUCAAGAUAAAAACAAAAAUCAGAUUAUGUAAAUUAACGCCAUUGUUUUCUCUGUUUCUCUGAAAAUCCAGAACUCAAGGUCAGGUAGAAGUUUUGCAUGCAGUUUAAUUGGGCAGUUAUUUCCAAAGCUGUAGCAAAAGGAAUCCAAGUGUGUAGGUCGCACGUCAGACCUCUGAUCCGAGGAACGCUCCCUUCUCUGAGUCGGAUGGAGACCUGCGCCAGGUGACGGGAUUCCUUUAGGCAUUAGCUGCGCUCUCUGUUGUCGCCACAGAUGCCUGGCUCUGAGCCGAUUAUGAGUGGAAACCGGUCCCUCUGCACCACGUUCACGUUUGUGGCGUUUUCCUCCCUGGAAGAGUUACAGCCUGUGCUCUUUGUUGUGUUCCUAACCAUUUACUUGUUCACGGUGGGAGGGAACCUCCUCAUCAUCUGCUUGAUCGGGGCCACCCCUUCCCUGCACACGCCCAUGUAUUUCUUCCUGGUCAACGUCUCCUUUCUGGAGCUGUGCUACAUCACCAGCGUGGGGCCUCAGAUGCUGGUGCACCUGCUGGUGGAGACCAAGACCAUCAGUGUGGGAGGCUGUGCAGCUCAGAUGUACGUAUUUACCAUCCUGGGACUGACAGAGUGCUGCCUGCUAGCAGCCAUGGCUUAUGACCGCUUUGUAGCCAUCUGUCACCCGCUGCAUUACACUCUGCUGAUGGGCCCUCCCGUGUGCCUGAAAUUGGCCGCAGCAUCGUGGACCACCGGGGUCGUGGUGGAGUCAGCCCAGACCACGUGGGUCUUCACUCUGCCCUUCUGCGGAACAGGAGAGAUUCAGCACUUUCUUUGCGACAUCAUGCCUGUCGUGAAACUGGCUUGUGUUGACACGUCCCACAAUGAGACUGUGCUGUUUGCUGUGUCCGCGCUCUUCGUCAUGAGUCCCCGCCUGCUCACCCUGUGCUCCUACGCGCGCGUUCUGCUGACCAUCUUGGGAAUCCCUUCGGCCGCCGGCAGACGCAAAGCUUCCUCCACUUGCUCCUCUCACGUCCUGGUUGUUUCUCUCUUCUAUGGCACCGCCCUGUUCGCGUGCCUCCAGCCGAAGGCUGCGCACUCUCCGCAAACAGACAAAGCCGCUGCGCUCAUGUACACGGUGGUCACGCCCGCUCUGAAUCCCGUCAUCUACACCUUGAGGAACCAGGACGUGAAGGAAGCCUUUCAGAGACUAACACGAAGGAGCCCUUUCAGACAAAUGGCCUGAACCUCACACUACCGCACAGAGAGGUCACCCAGGUGUCUGAUCGCCCUGCCAACACGGUGCGUCAUUCACGUACUUACAGGAUGGCGACCAAGAGAC